GAUUUUAUUUGCAUUUUGGUGUGUGAUGUGAAGAGAAAAUUUUGCUCGAUAUUAGUACAAUGAGUACUACUAUUUCCUCUGUAAUUUUUUUUUCUUGUUACUAUUUAUAUAUUUAGUGAAAAUAAUGAUAUUUUCAACAGAUUAAUGUCAAUAUUGAUCAUGUGGAUCAAUAAACAAUCAUUUGGACCAAGAAUUUAUAGGUUAGGAAAUCUAAUUUUUUAAAAGGCCAAAAACAACAAAAAAAAAGUCGAUAGAUUAAGUAUUUUGGAAAAAAAUUAUUUCAAAAAAAGAUAAAAGUGACAAUGGCGAAAGUUUGGAGUUAUUUCUUGUUUCUAUUGUGGAUAUCAUAUCUCAUGGCUAUUGCUUUACUACUUUUCACUCAAGGUUUUUUACUUAACAAAGUAGCAAGAACUGAAAAAGGUGAAUGUAUUCAGUGUAAAGAUUCUGUUUAUUGUACGAAGGAAAGUAUUUUUCAAGAUCAACAAACAUCGGCUUCAUUAUGCAUGGAACCAAGGGCAAAAAUUGUUCUUUUAGUUGUCGAUGCAUUGAAAUAUGAAUUUGUUAAAUGGAAUAAACGUAAUUUAGCGCCGUCUUAUUAUAAAAAUAAAAUGCCAAUAAUAAAUGAUUUAUUGGCAAAAUAUCCACAAUAUACACGUUUGUAUAAAUUUGUUGCUGAUCCACCGACAACAACGAUGCAACGUUUAAAAAGUAUUACAACAGGAACAUUGCCAACAUUUGUUGAUGUUGGUUCAAAUUUCAAUGCUGAGAAUAUAAAUGAGGACAAUCUUGUUGAACAAAAUUCACCAAAUGGUGUUGUUUUUAUCGGCGAUGACACGUGGGUUAAAUUAUUUCCUGGUAAAUUUUUACGACAAUAUCCAGCACCUUCGUUUAAUGUUUGGGAUUUGGAUACUGUCGAUCAGGAAGUGGAGAAGAGAAUUUUUCCCGAAUUAAAGGAAAAAGAUUGGUCAUUACUUGUGGCACAUACAUUGGGCGUUGAUCAUUGUGGUCAUAAACAUGGACCAAAUCAUCCGGAAAUGACGAGAAAAUUAAAUGAGACCAAUGAUCUUAUAAGAAGAAUUGUUGAAAAUUUAGAAGAAGAUACGAUUCUAAUGGUUAUUGGUGAUCAUGGAAUGACUGAAACUGGCGAUCAUGGUGGUUCCAGUUCAAAUGAAAUUGAUGCUGCAAUGUUUGUUUAUUCGAAAAUUCCUCUAAUUGAUCGUUUUCUUGGUAGUAGUUCGGCAAUUGUUAAUCAAAUUGAUCUUGUACCAACUUUAGCUGCUAUUUUAGGAACGCCUGUUCCAUUUUCAAAUUUAGGAACUGUUAUUCUUGAUUCAUUACCAAAAUAUUCAAAUAAUACAAAUUUUGAUUAUUUAGAAUACGCUGUACAUUCUCUAUGGAGAAAUAUUGCUCAAACAAAAAAAUACAUCGAUGUCUAUUCAUCUGACACGUAUUUAUUUUCUGAUGAAAAACUCAGAGAAUUUGAUUCUCAAUAUAAUCAUCUUUUAGAUUUAUUGGAAAAUAUUAAUCAAAGAGAAGAAUAUGAGGCAUUUAUUGUUGAAGGUAAAGAAUAUUUACGUGUAAUACGUGAUACAUGUAUUGAAAUAUGGGUACAAUUUGAUUCGGGUUUAAUGUCAAAGGGUCUUGUUUUAAUGUUUUGUACAUUAUUCUUUUUUUAUAUGUUUGUCAAUGGUCUUCCUGAAAAUAAUUUAAACAAAGUGAUAAAUUCAUCAUUUCUUCGUUAUACAAUUUAUGCAAAUCUUGCCAUUAUUUUAAUUGUAUGCGGAUUUUUUGGAAUGAAUUUUAUUGAUGAUUUCAAAAAUUCGAUAUUCUUUGGUACUGGUAGUGUUUCAAUUGCGUUUCUUGCAAUAUUAGUUGUACAAAAUUGGGACGUUAUUUCGUCAAAAUGGUACAAUACAAGACAUCAAAAGGCAAAAUAUUUUGUUAGAAUUAUUCUUUUAUUGACAUUGUGUGGUGUUUUUUCAAAUAGUUAUGUGAUUAAUGAAAAUAAAGUUCUUUCAUUUUUACUUUGUACACUUGUGUGUAUGAUGCUCUAUAGUGUACGUGUUGAAUGUACAAUGGAUAAUGUUGAGAAAAAAUCGAAAUUCCUCAUGAGAACAAUGCCAAAAACUGCCUUUUGGACAAUUAUAUUGUCACUUGGUUUUGCCGCAUGUCUCGCUGUUCGUGUUUCAAACUAUUUUUGGCGAUGUCGUGACGAUAUACAAGAGGAGAAUAACAUGUGCGCUACAUAUGUUAUGGGCAAAUCGGGUUCAAUUGAUUCAAAGAAUUUUGAACGUUUUCUUCUUGUUCUUGCUCUCAUUGUUCUUGCACUUUAUAUUACUAUUGUGAGAAUUUGGAUGCGAAAUUGUGGUAAUCUCGUUGGUUUUGCGCCAAGUGUUAUUUUUGCUCAAUAUUGUCCCGGUGUUAUUGUUGUUUUUAUGGGAUGUUAUUGGGUAUUGAGAUUGCCAAAAGAUGCAAAAGUUAAAUUUGUCCUCUCAUGGCAAAUAAAUGCAUUACCAACAAUGAUUUAUUUUCUAUUAAUAUUGGGAAUUUUUAUCUAUUUCUAUCGACCAUUAACUAUUUAUGUAUUGCCAAAGAGAAAGGAAUCAAUUAAUGUUUAUGGUGGUGAAAAUGUUGUUCCACGAUUAUUUGAAAAAAUGAAGGAUAUGAUUUAUCGUAAAAAAUCAAAUGACGAUGAAGAUUUACCAAUUGUCUAUGGUUUGGGAACUAUUUAUAGUGCUACAAUUAUUAUGUUUAGCAUGUUUUUCAUGUUAUUACAUGCACUUUUACUUGGAUAUGUUCUUGCUCCGAGUAUUUUUGCGAUAUUCGUUACUUGCAUCUCGAUUUUAGGUAUCACUGGCAUUAAUCGAUAUCGAAACGCUAAUAAUAUUGAUGAAAUGCUUCGAGUUCCGGAUUCGGUGUUACUUUGUUGGUUUUUAACAGCGGAGUACUUUUUUUAUGGAACGGGUCAUCAGCCAUCGUUUCCAACAAUUCAUUGGGAUGCGGCUUUUGUUGGAGUUGACGAUAAUAAUAAUUUUAUUCAAGCGACACUUGUUGGAAUAAAUACAUUUGGAUCGUACAUAAUUCUUGGAGUAAGUUUACCACUAUUGGUAAUUGUUCCUUUCACGUUCGGUAUCAUGUUUCCGAAUGUGGCAAAACCUAAAUUUAAAUUAGAGGACGGAACGAAAAAAGGAGAAUUGUUACUCUAUGAACGAGAUUCAGCUUUCCAAUCUUCGAUUUUCUCGGUUUGCGGAAAAUACAUUCUCUUUCAUGGAAUGAGGACAUUUGGGUGUAUGCUCGCUGCGACAAUCCAUUGCAGACAUUUGAUGGUGUGGAGUAUAUUUGCCCCGAAAUUGAUAUUCGAGGGAAUUGGAUUUCUGGUAACCCUCGGCAGCGUUCUGGCAUCGGUACUUUUAUUAAUAAGAGUCGAUUCAUGUGUGGAGCGUCUCGUAGCACAAGUAACAAAGUCAAGGUGACAGUAAAUUCUCGAUGAAAGAAAAAAAAAAAAAAAAAAAAAAAAAAAUUGAAAACGGGUGACUUAUAUAGUUAAUAGUAUUAAUUAAUCUUGAACUUAACGAAGUGAGUCCUUAUGUCCGUUAGUAUAUAUAAAAAAAAAGUCUGAACCAAAAGGCACAAACAAAAAAAACAAAAAUUACCUUUCUACUUGAAAGGAAUAAAAAAAAAAUUUUCAAAUUUAAUGAACGUUUAACUGGCAUUCUUAGAAUUUAAUAAACAAUUAACAUUUUUUUAAUAAUAUUAAAAUAGUGCAAUAUAAAAAGUUAGUUAACCAUUUAAUAAUCUAGUAAAAAAAAAAAAAGAAAAUUUCUGCUUCCUUCUAGAAAUUCAUGUGUCCUUUGGCUCUGAUUAUUCUCAUGUCCUGUAAACCAAAGUCUAAAGACAAGUCCUAGUAAUAUUUAUAAUUGAAAUUAUUAUUAUUAUAAUAGAGAUUUAAAUUAAUAUUGAAAAUUAACUAAUUAUUAUAUUAAUAGGAGAAUUAAUUAAUUAAUUAAGAAUCAAGUGACUUACUCAUUCGUACGAAUUUUCAUCUUAUAUAUACCAAAUACUCGUUUUACAAAGUAUUGCAUAAGUUUUCAAUGCGACGUAGAAAUCCUGCAAUCACACUGCCGUGUAAUUAUUUUGUACAGAGUUUGUUAGUCAAAUACAAAGUGGAAUGAAUUUGUCUCAAUUUA